AUGGAUGUGGGAAUAAAUAACACUGUUCCUAGCCUAGAAUUGUUGUUCUUAUCAUCUUGUGAACUAAAGGCUUUUACACACUUCUUGAGAAAUUUAGAAAUGCUUGAGUUCUUGGAUCUUUCUAACAAUAAGAUUGAUGGUCAAAUCCCUAAGCGGUUUAGUGGCAUGAGCCUUACCUUUCUAGAUUUAUCCCACAACAACUUCAGUGAUUCUGUUCCAAAUUGCUUGGGCAACAUGGUCAAGCUAUCGGUGCUAGACUUGAGAAGAAAUAGUUUUACUGGAAGUCUUCCACCAUUAUAUGUGCAGAGCACUUCAUUGAGAACCAUUGUCUUGAAUGCUUGGCAGGGAAAUCUUGAAGAGCUGCAAGUUCUUAUAUUAAAGUCGAACAAGUUCCAUGGACCUAUAAGUACAAGGCAGAAGUUUUGCUUUCCCAAGUUGCGGAUUUUCGAUCUCUCUCAUAAUGAGUUCAGUGGCUCACAGCCUGCAGAAGUUUUGAGAAACUUCAAUGUAAUGACAAAAAAGGCACACACAAAGAGUACCAGAUCAAAUCUACCUCUCUGUCUCGUGGUUGAUCGACUCCUCAGCUUCUACUUGAGUUUUCCAGGAGAGGUUAGGCAUGUUGCCAGGAGGUGUCCCCGACCUAGGCGGGAUUAUCCGCCACCGAGGACUCCUGUAUCAUCUGGUGGUGGAGGUAGGACUUAUCAGAGAGGCAGUGCUCAGUCAAGCCGCGAUACUUCCCAUGGUUCUAGAGGUGGGUCCCAGCCAGCUAAAGGUGGUACUUAG